AUGUUCCAGCGUAUAUCUGCUCUGUUCUGGGUGUUGGCCGCCUUGGUCUCGCUGAAUGAUGCUGCUGAGAGUGCUUGGAACGGAGUUGUCACCCCGGGUGCUUCAGAUCCUCAGCCGUUCACCCCUUACUAUUUGCCUUCCGGAGCCAAAAGCUAUGACUCUUCGUCUCCUCUACUUCAUUACAGUGGUCAAUGGACCGACUCUUUCUCCUCUGCAUUUGUGUUUAACACCCUGCGGUCAACGUCUGAGCGCGGGGCUUCCAUGACUUUCACUUUCUUUGGAACCGGAAUUGAAUGGUUUGGCAAUCAAGACCAAAGACACGGUAUUUCACAAGUCCAUAUAGAUGGCAAGAAAGUGCAAGAAGUCGACGCUUGGAGCUCAACGCCGCUGAAGCAACAGCGUAUUUUCGGGAGUCAUCAGCUACGUCUAGGCAGGCAUACCCUCAAGAUUGUCAACACCGGCCAGAACAGAGCCGAAGCAAAAGGGUUUGUUAUGGAUGUAGACGCUCUUAUUGUCCUAAUGGUUCCUCACGCCUACUCUACUGUACAUCGCUCCAACUAUCUGGAUGACUCUGCCCAGCCAUUCUCAGACUAUCCACCGCUGUUUAGUCUUGCUUCGGAGCCGAAUCCUGCCUCCGAGUGGUCUCUUGUGCAGGAAGGCAUCACUGGUGUCUCGGCGAUGCAGCUAACUGUCAUCUCGGACUCUCAUGCUCUCAUUUUCGACAAAGUGGAACACAAUCCGCUGAGUAUCUAUGGGCAUCCUGCUUGGGCCGCCCUUUACAACCUGGACACAAAUGCCUUGAAACCCCUGGCGGUGGAGUCCAACUCCUUCUGUGCUGGCGGCACUUUUCUUAGCAACGGCACUCUGGUCAAUGUAGGUGGGAACCCUGUCGUUGAGGACCACACUUCUGCCGCCGACUUCGGCGAUUUAGACGGACUCCAGGCUGUUCGCAUCUUCGAGCCCUGUAACUCAGAGGACGUGGAAAACUGUAUAAUCUACGAGAACCACGACCGUAUCCGGACAACGAGCCCCCGCUGGUACAACACAGUUCUGCGUAUCUCUGACGGAAGCGCCAUGAUCAUCGGAGGCUCACGCAAAGGCGGCUGGAUCAAUAACGCCACGGUCAAUAACCCCACCAUCGAAUAUUGGCCUCCGAAGAACGUCGCCGGCUCAGACGGGCUGCAGAUCCAUCUCCCAUUCCUUGUGGACACUCUCAACGCGAAUUUGUUCCCUAUCGCAUUCUCGCUCCCAGAUGAGACCGUCUUCAUGGCCGCAAACCAGGACGCAAUGAUCUACGACUGGCGGCGCAACACUGAGCGCCGCCUGCCUCGCAUCCCGAAUGGCGUGCGUGUCACAUAUCCUAUGGCAGGCACCGCGAUCCUGCUCCCGCUCUCCCCCACGAAUGACUAUGCGCCAGAGGUGCUCAUCUGCGGCGGCUCGACUGUCGAUGACACGCAACCCGGAUACCAGAUCUCCGCGCAGGACCCUGCGUCCGCACAGUGUGUGCGACUCCUUCUGACAGACGAUGGGAUCUCCGCAGGUUGGCAGGUUGAGCAGAUGCCGCAAGCGCGCCACAUGCCCGACGCGGUGCUACUGCCAACAGGCGACGUUGUCAUCGUUAACGGCGCCGGGACAGGUAUCUCGGGCUACGGGAACGUCGUAGGGCAGGUGGGCGCGUCGAACGCGGACAACCCAGUGCUUACGCCCGUCCUGUACCGGUCAUCUCUUCCGCUUGGGGAGCGGUUCUUGGUGAGCGGGAUGCCCACGAGCAGCAUCCCGAGGAUGUAUCACUCGGUUGCGACGCUGACGCCGAAGGGCAACAUCAUGAUUGCUGGGAGCAAUCCGAACCUGGACCGCACGGAAGUGGCGUACGGGACGGAGUAUAGAGUGGAGUGGCUCAACCCACCUUAUAUGUCUAUGGAGAGACCUGAGAUUACAGGCGGGGUUCCGAGCUUGCUUGGCUUCAGCGAGAGCGUAAAGCUCAGUGUUCAGCUACCAUCAUCGGCACCGGCCAAUGCAGAUGUCCAAGUCGCUCUGAUGGAUCUCGGCUUUGUGACCCAUACCGUUCACGCAAACUCCCGCCUGGUGCACCUCGUCUCGUCAUUGUCCCAGGACCAGCACACGCUCACAAUUACCGGCCCUCCCGGUGAGGGCGUCUAUCCACCCGGUCCUGGGUUUAUAUACCUCGUUGUAGACGGUGUCCCAAGUGUCGGUGUCAAGGUCCUCGUCGGGGACGGCAAGAGUCCCGAGGUGAACCAGACUGCAUUGGAUAAUCUGUUGUCCCAGACGCAAGUAGAUCAAUACGAAAAAUCCAAGAAGGGCAAAGGCAAGGGCAAGGCUUCCUCAGGGCCUCGCGAUGUGCAGGAUCCUAGUCUGUUAUAG